UGUUUUUUCUUGCGUUACUGUUUUUAAUCACUUGAAGAUGUUUGAAGAAUUUACUCCUCCCGAGAAACAGACGUACCAUAAUACUUUUGUAAGAUAUAUAUAUAUCUUCACAUGUUUUCUAGGAUCAUUAUGUUUUGUUAAUACUCUUACAUUUGGUGCUAUUUUAUAUCAUUUGUAUCAAAAAAUCAUUGGUUUUGAAAAAGACCAAAAACCAGGUCUUAAUUCAAGUGGUCCCUAUACUCCCAGAGAGGCAUAUCCAAACCUCAAUGAUAUGAAGGCUACGAAGGAUUUGCGUUAUUAUGCUUUGCAAUUGGAUUUAGAAUUGAAGGAAUUUACUAUAACUACUGAAGAUGGAUACGUAUUAACCCUUCAUCGUUUAAUAGAUCCAAAAGAAUCAGAUGAAGCUCGCGCAUUGAAGAAACCAGUGUUAUUCCAGCAUGGUCUACUUUCAUGUUCAGGGGCUUGGAUAACUCCUGGUCAAAAUUCAUUACCUUUCUACUUCUUGGAACAAGGGUACGAUGUUUGGUUAGGUAAUAAUCGUUCAUGGUUUGAAGCAAAACAUGAAUAUUAUGAAGGUAAUUUGAUGCAUAGUGAAAAAUAUUGGGAUUGGGAUAUGAGAGAAUUAGCUUAUUAUGAUUUACCAUGUAUUUUAACUAAUGUUUUAUCUCAUAAACCAAACCACGAAAAAUUAAUCUUGAUUGGACAUCUGCAAGGUUGUACUCAAACCUUUUUAAUGUUAAGGAAUGGUAAUUUAUCUUCUUAUCAUUCAAAGAUUGAAUAUUUCUUCCCCUUAGCACCUGCAAUUUUCCCUGGUAAAUUAUUUCACGAAAGAGCUUUUAUUAAAUUUAUUCAUAAAAAAGGUAGAUUUGCUUAUAAAUUAUUAUUUGGAUGUUGUUCAUUUUUGAGAAAUUUAUGUUUAGCUCGUUAUCAUUUAGCAUCAACUUCACUCUUCGGUAAAUUAUCUUACAUUAUGUUCAAGUUUUUGUUUGGUUGGACUGGGAAAAAAUGGAAUCCGAAUAAAAAAGUUUGGCAUUUCCAUUUUGUAUUUAAUGUGACUUAUGUUUCAACAAAAUUGAUGAAUUGGUGGUUGAGUUAUUGGGUUGAAGAAGGUUUUUCAAAUCAACUACAAUCUAAAGAAGCUUAUAAAACUGGAGUUGAACCUAAAAAAACAAUUGAAAAAGAUGAUUCAAAAACUUAUUUCCCAUAUAAGGAACCAUGGUUUCAAUUCAGUCACCCAAAGGAUGUAAUCCCAAUGUUUAUUUUUACUUGUGAUUUAGAUUUUUUAGUUGAUGGUAGAAGAUUGAUUACUCAUAUGCAACAUUAUGAAAGAGGUUAUUAUCAAAUUGGUAAAAACUUGGACGUGAUCCAAUUAGAUGAUUACUCCCAUCUUGACGUUGUUUGGGCUGAUGAUAUAAUAGGUCGUAUUGGUAUGGUUAUCGAAGAUAAAAUAAAACUGAUUGACUCAAAUAAUGAAAAAAUCGUUUCUGCAUCAGUUGAUGCAAAUAUCGAUGAUGAAAAAUACCCCAUUGAAAAUCCAAUUAAUUCAUCCCAACAGCCUUUAGCGGUUUCUGCAAAUUAAGAUUUUAGUUUGCCCCCACAUAUAUAUAUACUAUG